AUGUCUACAGAUUCAUCUACUACUUCUUCAGUCAUAUCUUCUUCUGUGUCUACAACCACUUCUCCUCUCAAGCUUAAAAAUUCUUACAUCUCCUUAAAACUUGAUGAAACCAAUUACAUUCAAUGGCGUCGUCAAGUACUUCCAAUCCUAUGCUCCCAUGAUAUCUAUAGUCAUGUGGAUCCUGACGUUAAUUCUCCGUCUCUUUUUCUUCCUGGUUCAUCUGCUGAAGAACCUCUUCCAAACCCUGAUUAUGCUUCCUGGUUUCAAAUUGAUACGUAUCUCCUUAGCUGGCUUCAAGCUACCCUAACUCAAUCAGUUUUUGUUGAUAUCCCUGAUUUUACCUAUGCUCGUGAACUCUGGAAAUACUUAGCCAAUACUUAUGCAGCUCCAACUGUUGCUCGUUCUAUUCAACUUCGUCACCAGCUGCAAACACUUCAAAGAGAAAAUCUUUCCAUCUCUGCAUACCUUGCCAAAAUAACUUCCAUUAGAGACUCUCUUUUAACCUCAUCUUAUCCCUUAAGCGAUGUUGAACUUGUGCUCAAUACCGUUCGAGGUUUAGGGCCUGAUUAUCAAGCUUUUUCAACUGCAAUUGAAACUCGUUCUUCUCUUCCUUCCUUCUCUGAGUUGAAGCUGUUGCUUCUCAAUCAUGAAAUUCGUCUUACUCAAUAUAAUCAACCCACACCAGAUCCUAUUCCUUCAACAGCUUUCUAUGGUUCCACUUUCUCUUCUUCUCCUUCUUCCUCAAACUUCUCAUCCUCUCGGUUUUACAACAACUAA